UUUUUUUUUGACCUUUUGUUAGGUAGGGAGCAAACCAAGUUAUAUAUACUUGUCCAGUAAUUUAGUGAAACAAGAAUCCGCAGAAAAAUGGAGAUCAAACAUCUUAGCCUCAAACUCCUUAUCCUUUUCUCCUGCAUCGUCUACACAUAUGGAAAUGCAACAGAUUGUGUUUACACCAUCUAUGUGGAAACUGGCAACAUCCCAUUGGCUGGAACAAGAUCUAACCUAACCCUCUUCCUAAGCGACAGCACAAAGGCCCAACUCCCCAUUGUUAAUCUUAAAGAUUGGGGCUUAAUGGGCUCAGCCCACAACUACUUUGGGCACGGGGAAGUGGACCUCUUCGCCGGCAAAGGCCCGUGUUUACGUGGGCCCGUCUGCAGCAUAAUUAUCGUGCUAGACGGUUUCGAUAAUUGGUAUUGCCAAUCUAUAGAGAUAACCACGGUAGGCUCUGGAAAAUCGUGUUCGCAGAAGAAGUUCGAGGUCAAGAAAUGGCUCGACGUUAUUAAGGGGUCCGCGGUCAUUCUUCAAGAUGAGUGUUCGGACGACGACGAUGAUAGUGUGGUGGGCAAUGACCCUUUGGGGAGAUCUAAGGAGUGAACCAUCUCUAUGUAGAGUGAGAGGUCUGAGGUUGAGGAUUGAGUAGUGGAAAAUAAUUACAUAUGUUUUGGAGUUAGACAUUUUGUGAUGCUCGUAGAUUUUAGACAACUUGUGGAGCUUAAAUGUCCGAUUGAAAUAACCAUGUGACGAGUUGGGGGAUGUGCAAUUGGAAACUAAUCAAUAAAUUUGUGGAAUUUAAUUCACUUUUUUAGGACAAGAUUGGGCUUCCAUUUCUCAAUCCAAGGAUAGUGAAAUUGUAGUUUGGAUUAAAUAAUUAAUUUAAUACUUUUAACAUAUA